AUGGUCCACUUCCACCCCGGUCAAACCUGGUCUUCAAGCCCCAACCAGGCGUACGCCAACAUGGGGACGCCCUCGUUCAGCUCUGCAGCUGCCUCAUCCUCGUCCGACCCGACCUCGCACACAUCUCAACCCAUCGUCACUGGUACCUCGGUGCUCGGGCUCAAGUACAAGGACGGUAUCAUGCUGGCCACGGACACGCUCGCAUCGUACGGCUCGCUCGCGCGAUUCAUGGACAUCACCCGAAUCUCGCAGUUCGGGCAGCACACCCUCAUCGGCGCAUCGGGCGACAUGAGCGACUGGCAGUACGUCCAGCACAUGCUGAACAAACUCAUGACCUCCGAACAGGUCGCUGCGGACGGUCACACGCUGACGCCCACCCAGAUCUAUGCCUACCUCGCGAGAGUCAUGUACAAGAGGAGGAGCGACAUCAACCCGCUGUGGAAUUCAUUCGUUCUCGGUGGUGUGGACCCCAAGGAUGGAACACCGUUCUUGGGCUAUGUCGAUCUGUUGGGAACCACGUUUACGAGCAGCACCAUCGCCACUGGAUUCGGUAUGCACCUCGCCCAACCACUGCUCAGGAAGAUGGUCGAAGGAAGGGAGGAUAGCUUGACGGAAGCGGAGGCCAAGGAUAUCUUGGAGAACUGCAUGAAGGUGCUCUUCUACCGCGAUGCGAGAUCGCUCAACAGAUUUAGGGUUGCCAAGGUGUCGAGAGAGGGAUGCGAGAUUUCGGAGCCAUACAGCGUCGCGACGUCCUGGGCCUUUGCGGAGAAGCUGCGCGGCUACGGGCCCCAGACUCAGUAA